CUAGAGCCGACUCUUGUGUGUGAAGAUCGGUUUCCAUGGCGCUCAAGGAAGAGGAUUCAACGCUUGCUAAGCUGGAGCUAGCGUGUUCAGAUUUGAAAACCCUGUUGCAAGCAUCGGCCAAAAUGGACGAAAGCCUUGAAAAGAUUGACAAAAAGUUUGACCUCGCAGAUGAAUCUCUUUCAACAACCUCAAGAAGAGUGGCUCCUUUACAGUCCCUGGCCAUGGCCACAAAAGCCCUUGACACGCGAAUCAACCGCGCGGUCACCCCCGCUCUUGCUCUUCUCGACACCUUCAAACUCUGCGAGUCACUGCAGGACAACCUCGUCCAACUAUCAUCCAAUUUGUCGGCCGAGCGAACGCCCAAAAAUCGGCUCGAGCAACUUCUCGAAUACGUGGAGUGCGUUGAUCAGCUGAACGCUGCCAUCAACGCGAUCGGUCAAGAGGGAGAACCCGCGAUUCAGAAGCUUCAAGAAGUGGUGGAGUUCUUGAGCAGGGCCAAGGCGACGGAUCAGUACCGGACGCAUCGGCUCAGACAAACUCUGAUUACUCUCAAAGCUCUCUAUGAAACUGAGGUUGACGCCAUGAAAUUUGAUGGGCUGCUUGAUGAGGCUCUACUGAAUUUGCAGGACGAGUACGAGAAUAUCUUAGAGCAGUUGAGGCAUCGGAAUAUAGGGGAGUUGCAAGUUGAUAAAGAAGCUGAGACAGUGAAAUCUGAUCUGGGUACAGAGCUGGAGGUUGAAGUUCUUCAACGAAUUUCGGAGACUUUAGCUGCCAAUGAUUGUUUGGACAUAUGUAUUGGCAUCUUUGUCAAGGUGAGAUACAGAAGAGUAGCCAAAGCACUGAUGCGGCUAAGCCCAGAUUACCUAAGAACAUACGCACCCGAAGAAAUCGACGAGAUGGAAUGGGAGAGCUUGGAGACAGCGAUAAGCCUUUGGAUCCAACACUUGGAACUCGCACUCAAAACAGUGCUCGUAUCAGAAAAGAAACUCUGCAACCAAGUUCUUGGGAAAAUCAUGGACGGACUGGUCUGGCCAGAAUGUUUUGUCAAAAUCGCCGACAAAAUCAUGGCUGUCUUCUUCCGAUUCGGAGAGGGCGUUGCCAGGAGCAGCAAAGAGCCCCACAAGCUGUUCAAGCUUUUGGACAUGUUCGAUUCCCUCGAAAAACUCAAGCCCGACUUCUCGGAGACUUUCGACGGCGAAGCCGGAGCAGAUAUCUGCACGCGGUUCCGAGAACUUACAAAGCUCCUCGUCAACUCUUCAAGCAAAGUGUUUUGGGAAUUCGGCCUCCAAAUCGAAGGCAAUUCCGAUGGUUUUCCUCCCCCACAAGACGGCUCCGUCCCCAAAGUGGUCAGAUACUCCAUUAACUUCCUCAAAAACCUUGCGGCGGACAAUUACAGAGCACCCAUGGCCAUGGUUCUCCGAACGGAACAAAUAUGGAAAGCGGGAAUUUUUUCCAAACCCGAAACGAACGAGAAUUUGCUCAAAGAUGCCAUUUCCAACGUCAUGGACGCUCUUCAGAGAAACGUCGAAAGCAAAAGGUCGCGCUACAAGGACAAAAUCCUCCCCCACAUAUUCUCCAUGAACACCUACUGGUACAUAUACAUGAGGACAAGAAACACAGAGCUAGGAGACCUUUUGGGAGAGCAAUACAUGAAAACAAAGUACAAGGUGGUUGCGCAGGAGUCAGCGUACACGUAUCAGAAUUUAGCGUGGGGACAUCUGGUGAGGAUUUUAGACAAAGAAGAGUUGAAGAGGCUGCAAAGCAAAGAGCUUCUGAGAAGAAUGGUAAGAGAGAAAAUGGACGACUUUUUGAAGGGUUUGGAUGAGAUAUCUCAACGGCACAGAUGGUCCUACAGCAUUCCUGAUUUGGAUCUGAGGGAGCAGAUUAAGCAGUCCACCAUGAAGUUUCUGGUGCCGCCUUAUUCUGAGUUCUUGAACACCUACUCGGCUGUCUUGCAGGGGAAACUCUACGUGCAGCCAAUCGAAGGGCUGUUGGCUCAGAUUUUUGAGGGUGACGAUGUGAAGCUCAAGAGGCGGUAUUCCAAAGGUCGGAUGGGUGGUGGUGGGGGCAAUUCAUUGACGCUUGAGCGGGAGAUCAGGGAUUUUCGACGGUCCAUAUCAAAUAAUAGCGAUGUUGUCUGAUUGGUAUAGUAUUCUGGUCGUUGUUGGGUGAUUAAUAGGUACGAGGAAUUAGAUGUGUUAAAUGGACGGUGAAGAUUGUGCAUCGCCGCAGAGAUAUGGGCGUCUGGGUGGUAUCGACUGUAGAUAAUUUGUAUAAUUUUUUUUUUUUUUUCUUAAGAC